GAGAAGUCGGAGAGUGAGGGGAGCGACUACUCCCCUAACAAAAAGAAGAAGAAGAAACUCAAGGACAAGAAGGAGAAAAAAGCCAAACGAAAAAGGAAGGGUGACGAUGAGGAUGCCAACGACGAGGGAUGCCUAAAGGAGCCCAAGUCCUCAGGGCAGCUCAUGGCCGAGUGGGGCCUGGACGACGUGGACUAUCUGUUCUCGGAGGCCGACUACCACACGCUGACCAACUACAAGGCCUUCAGCCAGUUCCUCAGGCCUCUCAUUGCCAAGAAGAACCCAAAGAUCCCCAUGUCCAAAAUGAUGACCGUCCUGGGUGCCAAGUGGCGGGAGUUCAGUGCCAACAACCCUUUCAAGGGCAGCUCGGCGGCGGCGGCCGCGGCGGCCGUGGCUGCGGCCGUGGAGACGGUCACCAUCGCCCCUCCGCUGGCUGUCAGCCCCCAGCAGGCGCCCCAGCCUGUGCCCAUCCGCAAGGCCAAGACCAAAGAGGGCAAGGAGCGAGGAGGAUGAGCGGGAGGAGUCGGACUUGGACAGCGCCAGCAUCCACAGCUCCUCCGUGCGCUCUGAGUGCUCGGCAGCCCUGGGGAAGAAGAGCAGGAGGAGGCGCAAGAGGAGGAGGAUCGACGAUGGUGACGGCUACGAGACAGACCACCAGGACUACUGCGAGGUGUGCCAGCAGGGCGGCGAGAUCAUCCUGUGCGACACCUGCCCGCGGGCCUACCACCUGGUCUGCCUGGACCCCGAGCUGGAGAAGGCCCCCGAGGGCAAGUGGAGCUGUCCGCACUGUGAGAAGGAGGGGAUCCAGUGGGAGCCGAAGGACGACGACGAUGACGAGGAGGGCGGCGAGGAGGAGGACGACCACAUGGAGUUCUGUCGAGUGUGCAAGGACGGCGGCGAGCUGCUCUGCUGCGACGCCUGCCCCUCCUCCUACCACCUGCACUGCCUCAACCCGCCGCUGCCCGAGAUCCCAAACGUGUCCGCCACUGAAGGGCAAAGUUCAGCGGAUCCUACACUGGAGGUGGACGGAGCCCCCCACCCCCUUCAUGGGGGGGCUGUCAGGGCCCGACAUGGAGCCCAGCGUCCCCCCACCCAAGCCUCUGGAGGGCCUCCCGGAGAGGGAGUUCUUUGUCAAGUGGGCCGGGCUCUCCUACUGGCACUGCUCCUGGGUGAAGGAGCUGCAGCUGGAGCUGUACCACACGGUGAUGUGCCGCAACUACCAAAGAAAGAACGACAUGGACGAGCCCCCGCCCUUCGACUACGGCUCUGGCGACGAGGACGGCAAGAGCGAGAAGAGGAAGAGCAAGGACCCGCUCCACGCCAAGAUGGAGGAGCGCUUCUACCGCUACGGCAUCAAGCCCGAGUGGAUGAUGAUCCACCGCAUCCUGAACCACAGCUUCGACAAGAAGGGGGACGUGCACUACCUGAUCAAGUGGAAGGACCUGUCCUACGACCAGUGCACCUGGGAGAUCGAUGACAUUGACAUCCCCUGCUACGACAGCUUGAAGCAAGCCUACUGGGGCCACAGGGAGCUGAUGCUGGGGGAGGACGCCCGGCUGCCCAAGAGGCUGGUCAAGAAGGGCAAGAAGCUGAAGGACGACAAGCAGGAGAGGCCGCCAGACACGCCCAUCGUGGAUCCCACGGUCAAGUUCGACAAGCAGCCGUGGUACAUCGACUCCACGGGGGGCACGCUGCACCCAUACCAGCUGGAGGGCCUCAACUGGCUGCGCUUCUCCUGGGCCCAGGGCACCGACACCAUCCUGGCCGAUGAGAUGGGUCUGGGCAAGACGGUGCAGACCAUCGUCUUCCUCUACUCCCUGUACAAGGAGGGCCACUCCAAGGGCCCGUACCUGGUCAGUGCGCCCCUGUCCACCAUCAUCAACUGGGAACGCGAAUUCGAGAUGUGGGCCCCCGACUUCUAUGUGGUCACCUACACGGGGGACAAGGAGAGCCGCUCCGUCAUCCGGGAGAACGAGUUCUCCUUUGAGGACAAUGCUAUUCGGAGUGGGAAGAAGGUGUUCCGCAUGAAGAAAGAAGUGCAGAUCAAGUUCCACGUCCUGCUCACCUCCUACGAGCUCAUCACCAUCGACCAGGCCAUCCUGGGCUCCAUCGAGUGGGCCUGCCUCGUGGUGGACGAGGCCCACCGGCUCAAGAACAACCAGUCCAAGUUCUUCAGGGUCCUGAACAGCUACAAGAUUGACUACAAGCUGCUGCUGACGGGGACCCCCCUGCAGAACAACCUGGAGGAGCUGUUCCACCUGCUCAACUUCCUGACUCCAGAGCGGUUCAACAACCUGGAGGGCUUCCUGGAGGAGUUUGCAGACAUCUCCAAAGAAGACCAGAUCAAGAAGCUGCACGACCUGCUGGGGCCGCACAUGCUGAGGCGGCUCAAGGCUGACGUGUUCAAGAACAUGCCGGCCAAGACCGAGCUGAUCGUCCGCGUGGAGCUGAGUCAGAUGCAGAAGAAGUACUACAAGUUCAUCCUCACGCGGAACUUCGAGGCGCUGAACUCCAAGGGGGGCGGGAACCAGGUGUCGCUGCUCAACAUCAUGAUGGACCUGAAGAAGUGUUGCAACCAUCCCUACCUCUUCCCUGUGGCUGCUGUGGAGGCCCCCGUCCUGCCCAACGGCUCCUACGACGGCAGCUCCCUGGUCAAGUCCUCGGGGAAGCUCAUGCUGCUGCAGAAGAUGCUCCGGAAGCUGCGGGAUGAAGGGCACCGCGUGCUCAUCUUCUCCCAGAUGACCAAGAUGCUGGACCUCCUGGAGGACUUCCUGGAGUACGAGGGCUACAAGUACGAGCGCAUCGAUGGCGGCAUCACCGGGGGCCUCCGGCAAGAGGCGAUCGACAGAUUCAACGCCCCGGGGGCCCAGCAGUUCUGCUUUCUCCUCUCCACCCGGGCGGGCGGCCUGGGCAUCAACCUGGCCACAGCGGACACGGUCAUCAUCUACGACUCGGACUGGAACCCGCACAAUGACAUCCAGGCCUUCAGCCGCGCCCACCGCAUCGGGCAGAACAAGAAGGUGAUGAUCUACCGCUUCGUGACGCGGGCCUCGGUGGAGGAGCGCAUCACGCAGGUGGCCAAGCGCAAGAUGAUGCUCACCCACCUGGUGGUGCGGCCCGGCCUGGGCUCCAAGUCAGGCUCCAUGACCAAGCAGGAGCUGGACGACAUCCUCAAGUUCGGCACCGAGGAGCUCUUCAAGGACGACGUGGAGGGCAUGAUGUCUCAGGGCCAGAGGCCCAUCACACCCAUCCCCGAUGUCCAGUCCUCCAAGGGGGGCGCCCUGGCCGCCAGCGCCAAGAAGAAGCAUGGCAGCACCCCGCCAGGUGACAACAAGGACGUGGAGGACAGCAGUGUGAUCCACUACGACGAUGCGGCCAUCUCCAAGCUGCUGGACCGCAACCAGGACGCCACGGACGACACGGAGCUGCAGAACAUGAACGAGUACCUGAGCUCCUUCAAGGUGGCGCAGUACGUGGUGCGCGAGGAGGACGGCGUGGAGGAGGUGGAGCGGGAGAUCAUCAAGCAGGAGGAGAACGUGGACCCGGACUACUGGGAGAAGCUGCUCCGGCACCACUAUGAGCAGCAGCAGGAGGACCUGGCCCGCAACCUGGGCAAGGGCAAGCGCAUCCGCAAGCAGGUCAACUACAACGACACGUCCCAGGAGGACCAGGAGUGGCAGGACGAGCUCUCGGACAACCAGUCCGAGUACUCCAUCGGCUCCGAGGACGAGGACGAGGACUUUGAGGAGAGGCCGGAAGGGCAGAGUGGCCGGCGACAGUCCCGGAGGCAGCUGAAGGGUGACCGGGACAAGCCCCUGCCGCCGCUCCUCGCCCGCGUAGGAGGCAACAUUGAGGUGCUGGGCUUCAAUGCCCGCCAGCGGAAGGCCUUUCUGAACGCCAUCAUGCGCUGGGGCAUGCCGCCCCAGGACGCCUUCAACUCCCACUGGCUGGUGCGGGACCUGCGGGGCAAGAGCGAGAAGGAGUUUAGAGCCUAUGUGUCCCUCUUCAUGCGGCACCUGUGUGAGCCGGGGGCUGACGGCGCCGAGACCUUCGCGGACGGCGUGCCCCGCGAGGGCCUCUCGAGGCAGCACGUGCUCACGCGCAUCGGCGUCAUGUCGCUGGUGAGGAAGAAGGUCCAGGAGUUCGAGCUCGUCAACGGGAGGUACAGCACCCCAGACCUGGUCCCCGAGGGCUCCGAGAGCAAGAAGCUGGGCGAGGCCGUCUCCUCGGAUCCCAACACGCCCGUGCCCGCCAGCCCCGCUCACCUCCUGCCCGCCCCGCUGGGCCUGCCAGACAAAAUGGAAGCCCCGCUGGGCUUCCUGGAUGAGAAGGAGCUGGGGGUGCAGAAGCUGAAGAAGCCUCCGGAAGUCCAGGCCCUGCCGACGGCCCUGGACAGAGCGGAGGGUGAGGACAGGCAGGAGAGCUCAGACGGCAAGGAGAGGACCCGGGAGGAGCGGCCGGAGGAGGCGGAGAAGGCCCAGCCCUCCCCGGAGCAGCUGUCAAAAGAAGUGCUCCCCGAGAAAGAGAAAGGUCUGGACCAGCUGGAGCUGAGCCUGGCUCACAGCAGGGACGGCAGCGACUUGAGGCCAGAUGACACCAAAGCUGAGGAGAAAGAGCCCAUGGAAACCCAGCAAAAUGGUGACAAAGAGGAGGAUGAAGAGGGGAAGAAGGAAGACAAGAACGGGAAGUUCAAAUUCAUGUUCAACAUUGCAGAUGGGGGCUUCACAGAGCUCCACACACUGUGGCAGAAUGAAGAGCGCGCCGCCGUGUCCUCGGCCGCUGUGUCCUCGGGGAACGUCUAUGACAUCUGGCACCGACGCCAUGACUACUGGCUGCUGGCAGGCAUCGUGACGCACGGCUACGCCCGCUGGCAGGACAUCCAGAACGACCCAAGGUACAUGAUCCUCAACGAGCCCUUCAAGUCUGAGAUCCACAAGGGCAACUACCUGGAGAUGAAGAACAAGUUCCUGGCCCGCAGGUUCAAGCUGCUGGAGCAGGCGCUGGUCAUCGAGGAGCAGCUCCGGAGGGCCGCGUACCUCAACAUGACCCAGGACCCCAACCACCCAGCCAUGGCCCUGAACGCCCGCUUGGCCGAGGUGGAGUGCCUUGCCGAGAGCCACCAGCACCUGUCCAAGGAGUCCCUCGCCGGGAACAAGCCUGCCAACGCCGUCCUGCACAAGGUCCUGAACCAGCUGGAGGAACUGCUGAGUGACAUGAAGGCGGACGUGACCCGCCUGCCCUCCAUGCUGUCCCGCAUCCCCCCGGUGGCCGCCCGCCUGCAGAUGUCGGAGCGCAGCAUCCUGAGCCGCCUGACCAACAGAGCCGGCGACCCCACCGCCCCGCAGGGCGCUUUCGGCUCCUCCCAGAUGUACAACAGCAGCUUCGGGCCCAACUUCCGGGGCCCCGGACCGGGAGGGAUCGUCAACUACAACCAGAUGCCCCUGGGGCCCUAUGUGACCGCCAGGCCGGCCGGCCGCCUGCCCGACCCCCACAGGAGAGGACAGCUCCUGCCUUUGUCGGCGCCGCCGGGGCCAGAAGGGAACCCGAGUGAUGCCAUCACGUGGGGGCGGGGCCCAGAAGUGCCACCUCAUCACCCCGCGUGUUCCACACAGCGUCCCCCCACACGGCCGUGCCCGGCCGCCUGCCGGCGACGUCUUAGCGCAGACUUCAUUUAUUUGUACAUCGUUUGCACUUUCCUAUUGAAGACUUGAACAGGUUUGUCUUGAUAAACGUUGAGUGGCGUCGGGAGGAGACUAACCCGCAUACGUCUGUCUGUCUGUCAGUCAACGGGCUCCAGACGGACGGACAGCGGAAGCUCCCGGAACCCUGCCGCCGCCCCGGCCCUGCAGCGUCUGCCGGAGCGCUCGUGUGCCCCACUCACCGUCCCGUCUGCACUGCCUUCCACUCUGCCCCCCCCCCCCCCCACGGGCGGCCCCCAGUGCCAGGCUGCUGCCCGGGUUAGGGCCGGCCUUUAUUCUCCCCUCCUGCAGGGCUGGGGACCAGCAGGGAGGGGCGCCUCCCAGCAGGUGGGACUGUGAGCACCCUCUGAGUCCAUGGCCGCUGCCCGGCGGAGCAGGCCCAGUGCGUGCUCCUGGGCGGGGGGAGGCCGUGCGGCGUGAGCCUGCGUCUCGGCCACCUGCCAGGUGUGGCUGUGGACAGGUGUGCUAGCAUUUACAGGAGGUCACAGCAGCUCUGAAGGCGGCCGGGAGCCCUUGGCCCUGCCCUGGUUGUGUCUAUGGAGAGGCCUCGAUCCAGGCACUUGUCACUGGGCAGGGCCCUACGUGCCCGAGAUGUGCUCCCAGAGGCUUGGGAAGCGGGAGGCGGGGGACCCAACCUGAUGCUCUCCAGCACGCCACACCCCUCCCGUCGGAGCUUCCCAGGCAUCCCACCUCAUUCCUGCCAGGAACACGGUCCUGGCCCCUCUGCCAGCUGGUGGUGCCUGUAACUGCCCAGGUGUGGGGCAGGGGGUGGGCCAAGCCCAGGCCCAUCUGUCGGACGCUCAGCCUGGAGGGGUUUCCCAGCCUUGGGCUUCCUGGGGAGACGCUCUGGGUAAGAAUCUGUUUGAGUGGCAGGAAGGCUGGGCCUGGGGUGGGGUGCCCCGAGGGGCUUGGGCUCCACUCCUGGGACCAGGACUGGGGCCAGGAUCUGGAGGCUCACCUUGGGGACAGCUGGGUGACUGACUGGCCACACAGAGCCCCAGGCGUCUUCCCCCGCAAAUGGCUCGCUCUGAGGCCUGGAGGGCUGGGCCCCAUGCCCCUUCCAUCCUGGCAGCCCCACUUUCCAUCCUCAUCAAACCCUCCAGGGCAGGCCAGCCUGGCAUGGGGGUGGGUGGUGGGAGGGUCUGGAGGUGCCGGCAGGUUUCCAGCACAUGCACACAGCCGCGGCCGACCCGCUCUGGGGUGGGGCAUCCCAGUUCACUGCGGCUCACCUGCACGCGUGUCCCCGGCCAGUGUCCCUGCAGGGGCCCUGGCUCAGCCACAGGCAAGUGACUGCCACGGGCCCCCUCCACCCAGGCCCUGAGGUGCCCCUUCCUGUGGGUGGCCUCGAGGGGCACAGUGCCAGCCUUCCCCGGCCACGUGGACAGUCUGAGCGUCCGCCGGGAGGCACCUGGCAGCGGGAGAGGGUCUGCGUCCAUCGUCCCCAGGCCUGUGGCCCCUCCCUUCCGCCCUUCCUCCCCGGGGAGCCUCCUUCUGCCCCCUCUGUCUCCAUGCCCUUCCCAGGCCUUGCCAGUGCCCCCUGGGUCCUUCUCACCAGGGACCCACAGUCGGCCCGGCCCCUGGCACUGCUGGCUGGGAAAGGCUGUGGCUCCCACGCCCGGCGCCCGGAGGCCCAGGACGAGGGCAGUGGGCACUUUCUGCUAACUGCUUUGGGAGAGAAAAGGGAUCGUAAGAAUGUUUUCUUCUUGGUUUAUCAGUUAUCUCCCGCCAGGGCGGUGGGGCGGAGGCCCCCUGCUUUGGCAUCUUCGGGCGGCUUUGGUUUUGCUGCUGGCAGAACAGGGGUCGUCGUGGGCCAGCGGAACCCCAGGUGCCAGGCUGGUUUUGUUAUGAUUUGAACCCGUGCGAGUAGGCUUCUGUUGGGCCACAGUCCCCGAAAGCAUCUCCC